CGUACAAACAUGAUUGGUUGGGUUGCUGUUUUGGUUUCUCCUUCAUCGCCCUCCAGCUGGACUUGACUGUUUUGCUAGUCGGUGUCACUGUCUGUACUAACGAAAUCCUGCAAGCUACUGACUUCCAAUAUAAUGGCUGUCCCUCCAUCAUAUGGUGACCUUGGCAAAUCUGCAAAUGACAUAUUUAACAAAGGAUAUGGUUUUGGAUUGGUGAAACUUGAUGUCAAAACAAAGUCUUCAAAUGGAGUGGAAUUCAAAACCUCUGGUUCGUCGAACACUGACACCAGCAAAGUCAAUGGCAACUUGGAGACCAAGUACAAAUGGGCGGAAUACGGGCUGACGUUUACAGAGAAGUGGACCACUGACAACACUCUGGGAACAGAGAUAAUCAUUGAAGACCAGAUCACCAAAGGACUGAAACUUACAUUCGACACCCAAUUCUCACCAAAUUCUGGCAAGAAGAGCGGGAAGGUGAAGACUGCCUAUAAGCGUGAAUACGUCAAUCUCGGAGUGGAUGUAGACUUUGACUUUGCCGGCCCAGCCAUCCAUGGGGCUGCAGUGGCUGGAUAUGAAGGCUGGCUAGCUGGCUACCAGAUGACCUUUGACACAGCCAAGUCUAAAAUGACCCAGAGCAACUUUGCUGUUGGAUACAAGACGGAGGAUUUCCAGCUGCAUACCAGUGUUAACGACGGGACAGAAUUUGGCGGGUCCAUCUACCAGAAGGUAAAUGACAAACUGGAGACUGCUGUGAACCUGGCCUGGACAGCAGGAAGUAACAGCACUCGCUUUGGCAUCGCUGCCAAGUACCAGCUGGACUCCAGUGCCUCCAUAUCUGCUAAAGUUAACAACGCCAGCUUGGUGGGAGUCGGGUACACCCAGGCUCUCCGGCCAGGUAUGAAACUUACCCUGUCCGCACUGGUCGACGGCAAGAGCAUCAACGCGGGUGGCCAUAAACUGGGACUAGGUCUGGAGCUGGAGGCAUAACGGACCUGCUGUCCUGUCUAAUGAUGUCAUCCUGUUUAGUCUGAGGGAGCAGAAUUUGGCCUUAUGUUUUUCCAGCCCAACAACCAGAAAGUGAUGCUCCAAGGAGAGGGAUGAAUCUAAUGUGAAGCGUGACCAGCAUAGCCCCCCCGUUUCUGUGAUAUUGAUCCCCAACCUAUCAUCCGCUGUCAGUUUCUUGUCGCCGAGUUCUAAACUGUUAUUUAUUUAGUAGUCGUUUUUCACAGAGCAUUUCUUUAGCAUGUUCUUAGACAUUUGUAUUGGUUUUGCGCAUAGAAUUGGACAAUCUGAGGAGGGUGAUACAUUUAUACAUUUAUAUAUAUGUGUGUAUGUAUCACAAUAUAGUGUAUCGUUAUGUGUUUGUUGUUUUGCACACUAGUAUAUUAAAUUAUACCUUCAAUAUACUAGUCUCAUCUUUCCCCGCUUCUUUUGCACAUGUACUAAUGUUUGGUUAGCAAUGCUUUGCCUGCUUUCAGGGCCACUCAAUGUUCAUGUUUUCCACACACCUUAUUCUAAUGGGAGAUUGAUUUAGCUAAUGUUCUUGAGGCUAUGCUAAUUAUGCUUUCUCACUGCGGUCUUUGGCAGAUUGGUACAAUCUUGAUUAGCUGACCUGCUUCCUAGCUGAACUUGGUAAUGACAUGAAUUGUACAACAAUGCCAAAUGAUAUUUUCUGGGAUUGAUAAAAUAAAAAACAGAAUUAAGAUAUCCUCCUUCCUUCCUCCCAAAGCUGUGUGUACAUGAUGUGACUGGGACAUUGGUGUAUGUCCACUGGUGUAUGUCUUCCUUUACAAUAAAGUAUAUAA